AUGGCAGACUUUCAAGGACUCGGGGCCAAGUUCGAAGGCUUCCAGAGCUCGACAAGUGGUAGCUCAUCAAGUCCAUUUGUAGCCGCCAAGCGAGCGUUUCCCAACUCUGCGUAUUCUCGUUACACCGAGGUUCAAGUACUCCUCAUAAGAUGGGAAGAAGACGAACUCGAAGUUGAAUGGGAACUCAACGAGCUACAAAGGGUCUUACACCAUCUAUACGGCUUCACAACAGACAAGUUUCUCAUCCCAACCCAAAAUUCUCAUCGUAAGCUCAAUCACAAAGUAUUGGGCUUUGUGGAAGAGCAUGAGAAUGAAGAUACCCUUCUCAUCGUCUACUACGGCGGGCAUGGGAUCAUCAACAAAGCCAGGCAGUCGACCUGGUCUUGUAAGGGUGACACAAGCUACGCGACUGUGGAGUGGUCUGCUAUCCAGACUCUCUUUGAGAUGGUCAAAUGCGAUGUCCUUCUUCUCCUCGACUGCUGUGCUGGUGCAAGUGCCGCUCCUCUGACUGAAAGACCGACAAACAUCAAAGAGACCAUCGCUGCCUGUGGAUUUGAGACGUGGACACCUCGUCCAGGCGCGCAGUCCUUUACCCAUACACUAAUCGAGGUCUUGAAGGAGUGGGCCUCACAGCUCCCUUUCUCGGCCGCAAUGCUGCAUAGCGAGAUAUUAACUCGACUCAAACACGCUCAGCCCGAUCGGUCUUCGCAAGGAAGGUUGAUCGAGUCAAGGAAGACACCUGCUUACAUCCUCUCAACGUCUGAUCCACAUGCUGCUUCCAUCACCUUGGGCAGAAUGUUUGAAGAAGAGUCUAGCUCGGUGUCGUCAUCUCGGGCAAUACCUGAGUCAGAUCUCAGGAGUCUCUCGGAGAGAGUGCAGUCAGAUACUUAUAUCUCGUCUGAGGACCGCAUUCAGGCCUUGUUGGCUGUUGGUGCAAAAGGACAGCGAGCGGCCCCGCAUGUUCUUCUCACUAUUGCACUGGAAGAAGAACAAGUCUAUGAUGCAGCGAGUUGCGCUCGAUGGCUCAAGCAGUUUCCACUCUUGGCAACUCAUGUAAGUGUGGAGUCUGUCUACCGCAGUUAUUCAACCCUGCUCCUACUUUCUGUGCCAGUCGUCCUUUGGGAUUUACUACCAGAACAUCCGGCGACUCAGUUUGUGGGCUACGUCAAGUCCCGUAACCUCUUGUCGAUAGACAUGGCAAAGGAUGGAGCGGCUACGCCAAUCCCCAUUGCCAGACAAGUGACGGGUGACAAAACUGGCGGCGACUCCUUUGAUUGCGUUUCUCCGCUAAGAUCAGUAUCAGGCCUCAGUAGCUUGGAUUCUGGAUACGACUCCUGUCUCUCACGACCCGCAAGCUUAGGUGUGGCAUUGAGGCAUAAUCGACUACCCAUGGAUGGGACAAUGGGCUCCCUGGCUAGCCAAGCACUAGCGAGCAAGAGAAGAAACAAGUUGUCAUCAACGGAGCUUCUGGGACCAGAGAGGCCAACUUCUACACCAGUCAAUGCACGUUUCAAGCCCAAACAGGGGUCUAGUUUGAAAAGUCGUAGAUCAAAACGGCUGGUCGUGUCAGUUGGCGAAGCAGAGCUGGACAACGACAAAAUCGGCUACACUUGUGUUCUCUGGUAUGGAUAUGAUGUUCAACAAAGCCAGUCCACCAAGAGAACAACACCAAAACCAAUAUGGAACGAGGACUUUCGGUUUGAAGCACAUGACUCGCCAAUGUACUACCAUUUGAGGGUUUCUGUGUGGGGAGCGCAGAUGCUUGAGCUCAUUGGCGAGCUACAUGUUGAUCUCUGUGAGCUUGUAUUGAGGGGACAGCUGCCAGAGCUCGGAGCAUGGCAAAGUUUGAGUCUCAACAGUGCAGCGGUCGGGAGAAUUCGAAUCAAGCUGGCAUACAUGGAUGCCAACGAGUACGAGGAACAGCAAGCCACGGCAACCAAGGUUUCUGCAGCGAAACGGCAAUAG